AUGCGGGCCCGCCGCGCAGUUCCGUCUUUCAACUCUUGCCGCCUCCCUUUCAGUGUCGCGCUGUCCAUUUGCGGAGCCACGGGCAGAGCCUCCCGCAAUCAGGCUGCAAGGGUGGCGCGGUGUCUUGAGCUUGCGCGCUUUCCGCCGCCGGCCAGCAUGAGACAGCGGGCUGCCAAGUUCGAGUUGCAAGCGCCUUACGAAUCUUGUCAAUCCCUCUGUCUGAGACUGCUUUGGAGCUCCCCUGCCUGUGCUCCAACUUGGAAAGGCCUGGCUCUGCAGCUCGGGGCAUUGUGCAACAUGAAGGCUGAUGGCCUUACCAUGUGGGCCACACAGCCCUUCUGUGUCACCUGA